CCCAUCCAGUCUACGCCCAGUGCUGCAAAUCGCUGCGGGUCACGUCAGGGAAGGUGUGUGUGUGUUUCGGUGCCAAGGGCACACCUGUCGGGCGGUGCCUCGGAAGAAGCGUCACCCACGUCUCUCGACCGCCGGCCGGCUGGGCUGAGUGCUCAUCACGAGAUGACUCUCCAGGCAGUGGGAGGCUCGUAAUGUAACAUGGCAGUUGUUAACUAUUCCAUUACAGUGUUAGACUGAGUGUUUUUUAACUGCUCUGAAGCUCAGCUUACCCGCUGUUUGAAUUCAAACGACAACUUUUCACACAGCCAGGAGUAUACCGGCGUUCACGAAAGUGGUCUCGUUGACUUGUUGGAAGCUUACGCGUUUUAUUCUUGAUUUGUUUUCUUCUUCUACUAAUAUCUUGAGAUUUAUCAUGGCUCUGUCCCAGAUUCAGUGCCUAGACGACAACAACGUGAACCUGCGGACUAACGAGUCCAAACCGGAAUUCUUUUAUAGCGAGGACCAGAGGCUCGCUCUGGAGGUUCUGCUCCGCGAAGGUCGCGAAGCCUUCGCGAAGUUCCUGGAGGAACGCCACAUGCGGAGCUUCCUUUCGGACCUGGAGCAGGAAACUCUCACUAAGACGCUUGAGCCUUAUGACCCCGGCUCGGAGCUCUUCCCGGAGGAUGCCGAAGAAAACGAGCCCCCGCUGUCGCUGCACUACUGGCCGGAGUUGUCGGACAUGUCCAUCCCGCAGAUGGACUUGGGGUGGCCGUACACUGACUCCUACCGCGGGGUGACGCGCACCACAGUGUAUACGCAACCCCCGCUGGAGGGUCAGACCCACAUCAAGGAAAUUGUCAGACGGAUGAUCGCACAGGCGCAAAAGGUCAUUGCUGUUGUAAUGGAUGUCUUCACCGAUGUUGACAUCUUCAGAGAUUUGAUUGAUGCUGGUUUUAGGAGAAAGGUUUCUGUCUACAUCCUGUUGGAAAGCACAACAUUACCUCAUUUCCUGUCCAUGUGUCAAAGGGCCAACAUGCAUGCAGGACACCUCAAGAACCUUCGGGUACGCUGCACAGAGGGAACAGAGUUCUACACUCGUUCCUGCACCAAAGUGAAAGGUCGACUGGGACACAGAUUCAUGUUGAUCGAUGGAGACAAAGCUGUAUCCGGGUCAUUCAGUUUCACCUGGAUGUCCUCACGACUGGACAAAAAUAUUGUCACCGUGGUUACAGGCCAGGCAGUGGAGGUCUUUGAUGAUCUCUUUCGCCACCUUUACGUGAGCUCAAGAUUUGUUGAUCUCCAGCAAGUCACCACAGAGCCUGAGCCUGAGCGUGAGCCUCUCCCACAACUGCCCCCUGUAGCCCUUCCUUCCACCACUAUAGCAAGGAAAUUGUACAACCCUAAGUAUGCCUUACUUAUUGGAGAAAGUGCUACACCGUCUGCUGACCAAGAGAGCCCCAAAGAGUCUCAGACACCAGAAGUCCCAGAUACUAAGAAGAGAAGGCGAGGAAGAGGAAGUAAAGAACCUGUACAAGAAGAGGAUUCUAUCCAUCCUGGACUUAUCAAUCUAGAGAAGGCAUACUUGAUUCCUUACUUGCCCACCUGGCCAGAGCCUGACCCCCCAAGUGAUGUAAUUGGCUUUAUAAACAUCAGGGAUGCGAGCAAACCCACUCAAAUGCAUUUGCAACGCUCCGAGAGGUUUGAAACAAGUCAAGCCAUUCGGUUUAGAAAUCCUUUGACCAUGUCCACGGAACUCAUUCCAGAGGUUGCUAAACCCAGAGAGACCACUUCUAAAAUUGAGAAGAUAAAUCCUCCACCAUCACAAGAUUGGAUCAAAGCUAAAGAGUCAAUAUAUGACAGGUUGCAGCAUAUGGAAUCCACCAGUACAAAAGUUGAGCUACACUCAGCUGCAACUAGACCUGUCAAUGAUGCUACUAAUGUACGUAACACUGAGCAGAGGAUACACUCAGUUGCAUUAACCAGUCAAGAUGAAGGUCAAGCAAUGAAACACACACCUCCCCUGUCCAGCAACAUUGAACACAAAAAAGCUCCCAGUAAAAUAGAGCACCCCUCUGAACAAAGGAAUAGAGUAGUACCAAAAAUUGGGACUUGUUCAUCUGCUACUACACAAGACACUUACCUGCCAAGCCCCACUGACUCAAACUCAGGAAAAGAACAUACAGGAACUAAAACAACAUCACAACUCAUGCAGGCUAAAGAUGCACAGUCAUAUAACACCUCUCACAGUUCCCCUGAUAGUCACACACUUGACACAUCCCACCCCUCCUCUUCUUCAUCUUCAAGCUCAAAUACUAAAAUCCUGGAACCCCACACUAUCCAUCCAGCUAACAAAGAUAGUAACACCAGCAAUGGCCUAGGCACACCAAAUAUUAGCACUCUUAAGAGGUUGAACAGUCUGACCAGAGAGAAAGUAGCCAUUCACAAGCCCAUUGGAGAAAACAAGCAACAGACUAUCCCUAAAAUGCGUGAAAAUAGCAAUAGAAAAAUUGAAGUGCAUAGAGAUGACAGAAAGAGUGACUCCAUCCAGAACAGUCAACAACAUAAACAAAGAGAAACCUCUACAGAAAGUCAGAAUAUAAAAACAGUUGGACUACAGGAUGGCAAGGGAAGAACCCCAGAGGUCUCUGGGGACAAAGAAAUAAUCCAGUCAUCCUUGGCCACUUUAGCACCGAAUAGAGACAAUGUAAAUAUUUCAGAUGAAGUAAAAACUGUGAGGCCAUUAGUCUGUGACGGAAGUUCAAAGCCACAGGAAAACCUUGUCGCCACAGUAGAGACUGAAAGCAAGGCUAUAUCAAGAAAGCUCACUGAUCCUAAAUCUACAAAAAUCCUAAAUAAAACUGAAUCUGAGAAGAAAACGUACCAUGUAAAAGAAAACAAACCACAAAGAAUAUCUUACAGUCAAAGCUCCCCAUUGACUAUGUGGGAGCGAAUUCAGGCUGCGAUGAAAGAGCCUUCCACCGGUGACAUGGAUGUCACAUCAAAACAACUUUGUGGUAAUACCCAAAAUUCAACAAAGAACAACACCAGAAGAGUCGCCAAAGAAAAUCCAAAAUCGCCAAAAGAACAAGCGCACUCUCAAACACCAGAGAAAGCCUUUCAAUCAGCAGAGAGAGAAUUGCUUUUAACUACUUCUGUCAGACGCACUUCUGAUGGUUUCCUUGCACGUACACCUACCCCAGACUCACCUGUACUCACUCCAGACUUUCGAACCCCGACGUCAGACAUGAGUGACGGGCAUCGCUCGAGAGAUGACUCCAGUCGCUCCUCAGCAUCAGAGGAGUAUUUUGAAUGCAGCGGCUCGCCAAACAAUGAGCAUGUGUUUGAAGGAGCAUUAUACUGUCGUCACAGUACAGCUGGUUAUCGUGAUCCUGAAGAUACACAAAAAAGAAACCCUAAUGCGGGUGCCACCAAACCUUUAUUAAAAGACUAUAGUGCAUAUGUUGCUUUGUUCGACAAAGACAAAAACAAGCAUACCUCGAGCAAGGAAACGCAGGGUCUUGAGAAGAAAGUGAAAACAGGGGAUAAGGAGGAUGUGAAAACGAAAGACAGUGGCAUCAAAAACACAUUAAACCGAGAUUUGAAAGGGAAGGAGGGGCGAAAUGGUGAGGAAUCAAAGACACCAGCCUCACUGAAGACCCUUGAGAAAGAAAACGAGACCCAAUUUCAAGCUCUCAUGAGAAAGUCACAAACUCAGAGGGAAGCAGGAUCCAGCAAUGGGAAGAACAGAGAUGGGUCAGCCAGAGAGGUUGGUGGUCAGAAGCUUAAUGUCACAUCAACACCCUCCCAUCCCGUCUCAGCCUCAGUGACCAAAACAGAAAAGAAAGCAGCUUAGCAGCACUUCACAGGUUUUUGACUGUUAAUCAUCUUUUUGCAAAGAAUCUUUGGGACAACCGCCUUUAUAAGAAGCUGUAGAAAAAGAAAACAUUUACCAGGAUUCUCAGCGAGAGAACGUCAUGCCAAGAGCUGGACAGUUGCAGCACCAACAUCUUCCUCUGAAGCUACAACUUUCCUCCAUUCUCAACUGAACCUCAUCCUCAUUCCCAGAACGACAUCUCAGCACAGGUACUGAGCAGGAACAACUAAGUUCAAUUCUAUGUCACCUAUGGCAAGUUGGACAACUAUAAAUGCUCCCAUAACUGCAGAGUGACAUCCACCCAUUCAUUCAUCUUCUCUACUGCUUGUCAUUAGGACCACAGGUAACUGGAGCCUAUCUCAGCAGAAUUUGAACGAGCACCGAGAUACACCUUAGAAAGGUAGCAAGGCACUUAUAGACAACAUUCAUACUCACAAUCACAACUAUGUGUAAUUCAAUUGUCCAAGUAUAGGUAUGUGGGAGGAUACUGGGAACCACUGCCAACUUGCUUUCUGCGGAAUAACAAUGUUUUCAUUUUUAUUUUUAUUGGAAAAACUAACAUAGGACACAUUUGAAUACAGCUUUACCAUUAUUUGACCACAAGGGAAGACUAACUGACACAUUUAAUAAUUAGAUGAACUUCCACAUGGACUGUCACUUGACAUGCUUUUCCUCACACUGUCUGACUGGUUAAGCCAGACAGUUCAGCAAGAUGACAACACACCUAAGGCCCGCCGCACACUGUGUGAUGUGGUCGAACCCGAUUGGAACGGGCCAUUGCAGAAAAAAAUGGCAGUUGGCAACUCACCCUCGCACAUUGAGUGAUUGGAUAGAUGGAGACCCUGAACAGCGAGACUGUAUUGGCUUUUGAUGCUGUACAUACAAUAUACUGUACUUUACCACCUUUAUUAAACCAUAAAAAGAUAGAUUUAUAGUUAAGGAAGAAGUGGGUUUCUCAAGAAAGAAGAAAUGGGUGUGUAUAAAAGCGAGAGUGUGGCUAUUUUAAAAAAGGCCCGCUCCCAUCACUUCAAUCCAGCACGGUACAUACAGCUUGGGUACAUUUUGGCGACAAGCUUUGCCAUUACAUCCACAGGAAAUUAUAAGUUAUACAAAUAGUAAGUAUUGUUGUAAAACACAAUAUUUGAUACUUUAUAUACUUUAUAUGGCUUGGGGGGCGGCGCAGCAGCCGUUCUCUGUCAGAAGGUCAGAUGACAAAGAUUUUAUGGGGUCAGUUAAAAUUCAUAUUUGCAUUGUUUAUACAUUAUGCAAUACAUGCACGUAACCUCCAGCAAGUUUUCUACCAUAGUUUAGCUAAAAAUUGGGUUUUAUGACGCAUAUUGAGUCCUCCCCGAACAUACCGGAAGCUCAAGACACCGGGGUGUGGUUACUCUAUCCACCCCAAGGGCUACCAGAAGUGACGUUGCAAUUGAUAAACAACGCACUGCACACUAUACGUAAGCAACGUGUUGGAAUAUGUGGAUGAGGAGGAUUUCGACGUACAGGAGCACCCAACUUAACUUGGCAUCGUCAAAACGUACAUGUUUGAGCCAAUCAGACAGUGAUGACGACGAGCAGCCAAGUAGCAGCUGUACAACAGAAAGAGAGUGGCCACUGGCUCGAUGUGACCGUAUGUCAAAAAAAUGUCUUUUUAUACACUCAUGGCAUGAAAUAAUGUCACCCCAGGGGUGCCAAUAUUUUUUAGCAUGACUAUACGUAUUAUAUAUUCAUAUAUGUUUCAGUGACACGGCACAAACUUUUACAUAGGAUGCAGUAUUCCUAUAUAUUGUGUGCCUCUCGCUUGAGCAGCGUUAUAACACGCCGCACACAAAUUCUUUGCCGUGUGUCUGUUGGCUUGUUAUAUAGGCAAAAGUACAGACGGCAGUACUGAAAAGUACCGUGUGGGUCUUUUUUUCCUACUCCCCAGUGCAUAGUAACCAUAAUAGAGUCAUUUGGUAUAUGCAAGGAAAUGCUCAACUCUUGUCUGCGCCACUUCACUGCUGCAUUGUGGUGGCUACGAGAUUUAGUUUUCUUGCUGGCGGUGGAGGUCCCGAUGGCCGUGGGAACAAUAGUUGACACCACAGCUGGUUUCAGUAUCUACCUAACUACACCUGUGUAUCCAAUGCUUUCGCAAAACACACCGGUUCGAAGUGAUCGGCACAGAGUUUGGAAUGCUUGCUAGGCACCCAUAGCUGACCACUUUUCUUCCCGUCGAGUAACUUUCACUAUCCACUCGUCACGUAUUCCUUCUUCACUUGGAAAGCCAAAAAAAAAAAAAAAUCUCUUGCCGCUGCCUGAACCAUUUGUACAACCAAAUUCCACACAAUAAACCAUCGUGAUAUCGUUAAAUCAUAUGACAACAUAUAUACAAGGACGGGAACAACAGCAUGGAACAAUAGCACACAACACCAAAUGAACAGGAUGUUUGGCUUGUGUGACGUCACAGCACCGGAAAGAGACGAAGACCGGAAGGCGUGGGAGACAAAAAGCAGAAGGCACAUUCUGCAUCAUAUUCAACAAUUUAACUGCUGUAUAUUUACCAUAUAAUCACUUCAAAAUGGAAGAUGUGAUUUGUAAAGGGGUUCUAGAGUUAUCAAGAAAAACAUGAAAAUCUUUGUCCUCUGAACUUUAAAACCCAGAAAUAUGUUUUUGGUGUGAGUGAAAGUGUUUUGAUUGGCUGUAAUCUUUGACGUUGCGACGCUGUGCACCGGCUAUUUAAAUUUUGAAUCCUGGCAUUACCAGGGGCCGAUUGAUCCGCCACUCAUGAAAGUAGUUGCUGAACCCCUCACACUGUGCGACAGUCAGGUUCAGCCACGUCGCUUGGUGUGCGGCAACCUUAAGAGUCAUUUUCAGUUGCUCCAGAACUAGUCAGAACUAGUCAGUGACUUAUUGUUUCGUUUCCAGACCUGCUUCUGCCUUGGCAUGCUUUAACUAAUUUUCACUCUCUUAUUGCUGUAUCACAAACACAUUUGCAAAUGACACAACUACUGUAAAAGUACUCCAUUACACUAAUUAAUUCAGUUAAGAUUUGUGCGCAUUGGGAUUCACUCACGUCAAUAACACAUCGCUUCAUUUUGUUAGCUGCUCAUGCUAUUGCUGAUGUUGUUGCCCCACCACGCGCAUACUACGUUUCAGAAAACAAAGAGCAUGCUAUAGAUAAGCUUAGGGUAGAAAUUGAUGCACUAAUUAGCAAGAUGUAGUGGACCAAGGUUCAUAUCGAUAGUUCAAUGAUACCCAUAUUCUUCUAUUUUUUUAAACAUUUUGGUCAAUUUUUUACCCACAGCUUUGUGGCAAGGGCACAUAAUUACAAAGUACAGUGUGAAGUUUAACCUGAACCAUGACCUUAAUUAAAAAGUGCUGGUUUAACUUAAAUGUACGAGUAUAUUGUAACAUGUACAUGUAAUGAGACCUGGGGCCAGGGUGGUGGAAUGUUCAUGUUGAUACCUGAUCUCACAGACAAAAUGUUAUAUCCUAUAAUUGUUUUAAUACAACUCAAUUCCAAUGAAGUUGGGACGUUGUGUUAAACAUAAAUAAAAACAGAUUACAAUGAUUUGCAAAUUGUGUACAACCUAUAUUUAAUUGAAUACACUACAAAGACAAGAUAUUUAAUGUUCAAACUGAUAAACUUUAUUGUUUUAGAAAAUAAUCAUUAACUUAGAAUUUUAUGGCUGCAACACGUUCCAAAAAAGCUGGGACAGGUGGCAAAAAAGACUGAGAAAGUUGAGGAAUACUCAUCAAACACCUGUUAGGAACAUCCCACAGGUGACCAGGCUAAUUGGGAACAGGUGGGUUCCAUGAUUGGGUAUAAAAGGAGCUUCCCUGAAUUGCUCAGUCAUUCACAAGCAAAGAUGGGGUGAGGUUCACCUCUUUGUGAACAAGUGCGUGAGAAAAUAUUCGAACAGUUUAAGGACAAUGUUCCUCAACGUACAAUUGCAAAGAAUUUAGGGAUUUCAUCAUCUACGGUCCAUUAUAUCAUCAAAAGGUUCAGAGAAUCUGGAGAAAUCACUGCAUGUAAGCGGCAAGGCCGAAAACCAACAUCGAAUGCCCAUGACAUUCGAUGUCUCAGGUGGCACUGCAUCAAAAGCAGACAUCAAUGUGUAAAGGAUAUCACCACAUGGGCUCAGGAACACUUCAGAAAACCAAUGUCAGUAAAUACAGUUUGGUGCUACAUCCGUAAGUGCAACUUAAAACUCUACUACGCAAAGCAAAAGCCAUUUAUCAACAACACCUAGAAACGCCGCCGCCUUCUCUGGGCCCGAGCUCAUCUAAGAUGGAUUGAUGCAAAGUGUUCCAACGAGUCCACAUUUCAAAUUGUUUUUGGAAAUUGUGGACGUCGUGUCCUCCGGGCCAAAGAGGAAAAGAACCAUCCGGACUGUUAUGGAUGCAAAGUUCAAAAGCCAGCAUCUGUGAUGGUAUGGGGCUGUGUUAACUUACACAUCUGUAAAGGCACCAUUAAUGCUGAAAGUUACAUAGAGGUUUUGGAGAAACAUAUGCUGUCAUCCAAGCAACAUCUUUUUCAUGGACACCCCUGCUUAUUUUAGCAAGACAAUGCCAAACCACAUUCUGCACGUGUUACAACAGCGUGGCUUCGUAGUAAAAGAGUGCGGGUACUAAGCCUGCCUGCACUCCAGACCUGUCUCCCAUUGAAAAUGUGUGGCGCAUUAUGAAGUGUAAAAUACAACAACGGAGACCCCGGACUGUUGAACAGCUGGAGCUGUACAUCAAGUAAGAAUGGGAAAGAAUUCCACCUACAAAGCUUCAACAAUUAGUGUCCUUUGUUCCCAAACGUUUAUUGAAUGUUGUUAAAAGAAAAGGUGGUAACACAGUGGUAAACAUGACCCUGUCCCAGCUUUUUUGGAACGUGUUGCAGCCAUAAAAUUCGAAGUUAAUGAUUAUUUGCUAAAAACAAAGUUUAUGAAUUUGAACAUUAAAUAUCUUGUCUUUGUAGUGUAUUCAAUUAAAUAUAGGUUGAACAUGAUUUGCAAAUCAUUGUAUUCUGUUUUUAUUUAUGUUUAACACAACGUCCCAACUUCAUUGGAAUUGGGGUUGUAAAUUGUUCCGCCAACUUGUGCCCAGCCUCUUGUUCUGUUAUUUUGUCAGUGUUUUUAUCUGAUGCCAUUUAUCUCCCUGCUGAGCAGUGAUAGACAAACCAUACUUACCUUGAUGUAACCACUACAACAAAGCACAAGUUAAAUUAAAGUAAAUGACAGCA